UAUCCGGUAUAAUAAUAAUAAAAUUCAACAGUCACGUACGGUUAACUACCAGCAGCUAGCUAGCAUGUAUGGCCAAAUGCGAUGAGGAGGGUACCAGUUUAUUUUCAGCAGUGGUCGAAGUUUGGUGUGCAUGGUGAAUUUUACUAGCAAGCGCCAUUUUAACUUGUAGUCCCCUUCCAAAGGCAUACUCGGUUCUAUCCUCCGGAGGUGGAAAAAUGACCCUCAACACUAGCCAGCAUCAACCGGCGGAUAGCUUCAAACAGGAUCUGGAUGAUUUCGAACGGUUCGCCCUGGACAAUUUGGUCCGGAACGAGUGGGGUCUCAAGGCGGCCACUUUGAAUCGGUUGAUGUACUGCGGAAUAUCGGUGGAAUGUCUGGAGGUGAUUGAAGAGCGCGAUUUGAACGAUAUCUUCAGCGAUGAGCGAACUAUUGGACAGAAGAUACUGCUUAGGCAUCGGCUGCGCGAGUGGCGACGCGGUUUGCACUGGAACUCACCAGAACAUCCGCCCGUGAAACGCCGUCUCGACCGAAGCUCGGACGACCCGCUGGACCUGGACAAGAAGCCUCGCAUAUCCAGCAGUGGUAACCUCAUUCAUCGCAUCCCGACGCCGAAUGUCAUACAUCCGGAUACCCGCAACCCAACAUCAACGAUCGCCUCGUCCUCAACCUCAUCCUCUUCUGCAAACAAUUCCAACAAUCUGACGGAUGCAGGCAACAUUCCGAUCCGAAUCACACCGGAGGCCCUGCAAAGCUUCCUCCAGACAAGCUGUUCCGGCCGUUGGGUACUGAACUGCUUCUCCGAGGGUCAACAGUUGGACAAGAAAGCCCUCACCGAAUUGACACACGUGAUCGUGGAACCGUUCCUAAUCUACAACAUUGCGUUCACACACGCCCUGAUGCGACACUAUGCCGAAGUGAUUGUUCAGCUGUUCCCCACCGAGCGGAUGGAGACGUUCUACUGUCCGAGGAACAUCGUCCGAAAGAAUCCCACCGGAAAACUGUACGAUCGGUACGUGAAUCAGAGAUUACGAUACAAGAACAAGUUCAAUGCACAGCGACCGACCAUGGUGGAUGAGUUCAAUCAGCACCGAACUUUUGCCGAAAUGAGCACCGUCGGAGAUCCGCUGAUGCAGCAGCAAUAUUUGGACUACGGGUUGGAUAACUCCAUUCCGAAGGGAGACUACCCAAGUACCCCGCCACAGGUGGAAAGUUUCAGCGAAGAGUCUAUGAAUGUAUACGGGGCGGAAGAUGGAUCGGUUCUGUAGGACGUAAGACGUACAUCGCCGACGUUAGUACAAUUGCCAUAGGAGCAGUAUUACAAUAUAAGCAUUCAGUGAACUAACUAAACAUGAACUACCUACUUCUUCCAUUUCAUUCAAAUAAAUUAUUUACUAAACCUAAAAAA